CAUAAAUUGUCCUACAGAAUCUUAAACAGAUAAUCAAUAAUCUUUCUGAUGAUUUACAUACCGUAUAUAGAAUUUCUCUUCAAUUUCAACUUGGUUUCUCAAUGAUUUCUUUGUAAUAUAAGAUCAUUUUGUAAGCCUACGCCAUAACAGCUAAGCUAAUAUAAGAUGAAAUGAGAACAAAACAUCUCCUCGGGCAUUACUUUAUUUUAAUCUCUGUACAUGGUCGUAUGUUUCCAGUACGAAAACUAAAAACAAGUGAUUGAAACAUAAUCUAAAAUGGAAAAAUCCGUUUAUAUCAAAACUUAUAAUUUUUCCAGAUGAUACAGGACGAUGAGCGGCGGUACAACCAUACAUACAGAGCCCCUUCACUGACAUACCACACACUUACUUUAUUUCAUGAUAUCGUUCCAUAAUUUAUAUUUCGUUAAUACGAAUUAUUAUUCCGAUAUAACAAAAUAAUAUUUCGAUAUAACGAAAUAAAAUAAGUAUGUGGCAUGUCAGUAAAAUUUCGUAAAACAUAUGACAACUAAGGAAAUAUACCGUAUACCGAUGAUGAAUAUUUGACAAGGAUUUAAUUGAAUUCUUGUUGACAUCUGUAUUGAGUUUAGUGUUUGAUUUUGGAUGUUCAUAAGUCAAAUACUGUGCCCCUCUCUAGACCGGCAUGUUUUGUUUUGAUAUAAGUCUUUCCGGGGAAUUGAUUUUCAGUACGCUUUGAAACCAGAGAGUCAAAAUCAACUUCGAUAGUUGUAUUUUUCUGGAGAAAACAAUAACUUUUUAAUUUGAAUACGUCAUUUACAUUAACCCGACUUUACCGGAAGAAAUAAACUUGGUCGACUUGAUCUGUCAAACAGCUGAUCUCUAUCAAUUAUUACCCGUUUCUUAAAUUUGUAGUUAGAAUUUACACCUAGGUAUGUUUUCCAUAUUUAAAUCUAUUGUCUUAAGAAAGGUCACCAGUUUUUAUUUUUACAUUUUAGAAAAUAUGUGGGAACAUCAAGACGCAUCGCUUUCGGAUCAUUCAGGAACCUCGACUGACAUGACACCAGAGGAAGUUGAAUAUAACUCGCGCGAGGCAAAGAUUGGUACCGUCGAAUUGUUUGGUGUUCCAAUAGUCUGUCUUCACAUAGACGAUAAAGAACGUCUGUGUCUGGCGCAGAUCUCAAACACCCUACUAAGGGACUUUAGUUACAAUGAGAUUCACAAUCGCAGGGUAGCUCUUGGUAUAACAUGUCUGCAGUGUACACCUGUUCAACUGGAGAUUCUUCGUCGAACUGGAGCCAUGCCGGUGUCAUCCAGACGAUGUGGACUCAUCACUAAACGGGAAGCAGAACGGUUGGUCAAAUCAUUCCUGGAAGAAAUACCCCCGCCUAGACUCCCAGAUAACUUCUCUUUUAACGUGUAUCAUAGCUGCGGCUGGGGUUGCCAGGGCCAGUUCAUUCCAUCGAGAUACAACAGUUCAAGAGCAAAAUGCAUAAAGUGUGACUUCUGCAAUGCCUACUUUUCCCCAAACAAGUUUAUCUUUCAUUAUCACAAGUCUCCAACUUCCACCUAUAGGCAUCCUGAUGCUGCUAAUUUCAAUUCUUGGAGACGUCAUUUGCUUCUAACCGAACCGGAUCCUUCAGAGAAAUUGCUGCAUUCUUGGGAAGAUGUUAAAUCAAUGUUCAAUGGCGGAUGUCGAAAGAAAAUGUCUACAUGUAGCACAAAAUUGCCAAGCCACUCUGUUAAACCUUUAAAAAUCGACCAAAAUUACAGUCCUCCUUCGUUGUCAUCAAUGGUACGUUACGAAGGACCAAACCAUAGUUCCAUGAAGGUUCCAGAAAGAGCGCAUCCUGCCUUUAAUCUUGGUCAAAGUGGUUCAUCGAGUAUUGGGUCUUAUGGGGAGAUGCUUCGAUCAUUCAGUAUGCAUUAUAAUCCUUGGUGGAAGCCUUGGUAUAUUCCAAACAACCAAGUCGUACCCAUUGAUAACAGUAACUUCAUGUUACCAUUCAAUAUGCAGGAAAACCGUGGUGAUACAUACCCAAACAUGGAUGAAAUAAAAGGUCGAAAACAAAGGUCACCUAUUGAAUUAGCGACAUCCAGUACAUGCGCAACGGAGAAAAGAUCUGCACACACCGAUGGGUUCAACAUAGCGUCAAUCAUUGGCAACAAGAAAAAAGAAACAGCCUACGAUCAUGGGUGGCAGUAUCCCGUCUCAUCGGCAGAGGGCACUCGAUGCGAGACUAGGCCCUCCACCGGAAAUGAGAAGUUAGAACGGAAGAGGAAGGGGGAUAACCCACACCGAAUUGAGUUAGAAGACGGUAGGAGUUAUACUCCCAAGGGUGUUGAUGAACGCAUAAGGGCAAAGUCAAGAAAGAGAGCCCCACAGACAACCGACGUGGAAACUGAGACACCAGGAGAUGGAAAAGGCAUGUUAAAAAGUUACGUAUAG